AUGAGUACCACCAACUCAGAGGUCAAAAAAGAAGACGAAGAUGUAGAUGAGGAGAUCAUCUCGCAAGCGGCUGCCUCUCAGAUGGCUUCUAAUGUGAAGCCGGAGCUUGAGCUUCGUCUGGAUCAUACGCCAGUGAUCAAGAAGGAGUACAAAGACAUACCGGAAGGAAUCAUCUCACAUGCUCCAGCCUCCGAAAUGGCUUGCAAUAUCAAGCCAGAGGUUGAGCUUUCUCCUGAUCUCAAGCCGAAGACCACCAUCUCUACCUCUCAAUACCGAGAUACACCGACACGUGGUAACAAAGUGAACAAACACGAGCGACGUGUCUGUUACAAUUGCAAGCAGCGAGGACAUUUGGCUCGAAACUGCCGGAAUACCAGCGUCAUACACCAUACAGUUGUGUCCCAAGGAGGUGUACAGCACCAUUACUCUCAUGUAGCGAACACCGCUUCCACCACGCCUAGCCGUGGUGAUGUCAACAUUUAUGGCAGAAAUGCUGACAUCACCAAACACUGUGGCAGUAAUACCACGAACGUGUUCGGUGGAAACGGGGACAUCACCAUCCAUGCCGGAGGUGGCAUUGUGAACAUUUUCGGUGGAAAUGGCGACAUCAACGUUUACGGCGGAAGUAGUGCCACGAACGUCUUCGGUGGAAAUGGAGAUAUCACCAUCCACGGUGAGAGUGGUACCACAACCAUUCUCGGAGGAACUGGCAAUAUUAUGAUGAAACGAGGGGGCCGCAUAGCGAAAAUCUCCACUGGGCUUGGUCGUAUUACCGUAAACGGCGUCAGCAUAUACCAGAAGAGGCGCAUCUUUAGGGUUGUCGCACUGUAG